GCUGUAUUUGGACCGCCUACACCGCCUGGCCGGAAGACGAGACGAAGGAUCCCCUGAGGCUCCUUCCCGACGGUCCUUGAGCUCGAGGAGUCGACUGUUGGCAGAGAGAGUUCACCAGAAGAUGCAGGAGGAGGCUGGAUCCCGUCGACAUGUGGACUUGCUAUGGUGGCGACAGCAUCAGGUUGAAACCCAGAGACAGAGGAUGCGAGAGGAAAAGGACGCACAAGAGGCGGAGCAGUGCCCCUUCGCGCCCUGCCUGGUGAAUCGACGGACGCGCUCCGUGCAUGGUGGCCUUCGGCUCUAUGAGCAAGCGACGGCUCGACAAAUGAGUCGCGAGGAGACCUGGACAGCUCAAGCGCAGCAGCGGCAAGAGCGGGAGAUGGCUGUGGGGAGGCUCAAGAAGCCUCGUUGGACCGGGUCCGAUCAUCCCGGACUCAUCCGGGCUACGGCGAACAGCGCCCAUCGCCUCGGACGUGCUGCCGUUGGACGAGCCUGGGGCCGUUGGACUAGACGGGAGGACGGAGAUCUGCAGUGGUUUGUGAUGGUUUGUGUCGUUGUGGUGGAUCUCUCAGAAACUCGCACCCUCCACUUACGGGGUCAAGGUUUAAGGAUGGGCAGCCAUUCAUGUAAGAUGACCCCGGCUUGCUGUUUCAUGUAUAUACAGAGUUUUGCUAUUGCAGCUGUAUUGAAUCAAGCGAUUUGUCCUUGGCAGUGGAACAAAUUUCUGGCCUAUCAGCAGACAGACAUCAAGAGAUGUCGAAACUCUUCAGUGGUAGUUUGCUUCAAUCUUCAAAAAGCCUCACUGUCGAGAUAGUUGUUCAUUUCUUCUCAGGUUGGCCAGUAGCAAUGACAUUCGGAACAGAUUCGUCCACGUCACAGUCGGACUCUGCGGUUCUCGAAUGUCGGACUUUAUUCUACGGCGGCCACCUGAAGUCCUAGAAGGAGUGGCUGAGAAGUUCAAGAGCGCCAAGGGCCAUGACGGUUGGGUUCAGGAUGCAGCAGCCAACUACAUCUUUGGUCCUUCGGCCCGGUUGGUGAAUUGGAUCUGAGUCACAGGUGGUGGUGUAUGGCGCCGAGAUGACCCCGCAGGCGACUUUGGCUCGGGGCUUCAAGCAGCAGAGGCCAUGAUGGGCUCUGGCUGCUGGGCGCUGAAGAUCCCGUUGAUGGAGAAUCACGAGAACCGUAGUUCCCCUCCCAAAGUUUCCGCGACAUGGGAACUCCUGCAGUUCACGCAGGAUCAUACGCAGGCAGACUCCGAGUGCUGGAUGCUGGUUGUGGCUGUGGCGGUCAGUUGUUGGAGCUGGCGCACCUGGCUGAAGCGCGGCACAGUCCUGCGCUCCUUCGGGGCCUCACCGCGGAGCAGAUCCAGCACCGCUGUGCCGUGAAGCUCCAACCACGCGUCAUAUCGUUUCCUGGAGGUUGCAAGAACGAAGUCGCAGAUGCUGAUCUCAUUGAUUUGCUCAUCUACCAGGGCUUUCCACUGGAGGAUAUAACAUUGGCAGAUGUAGAUUUUGUGAAGGAAGGCCAGUUGUUUGAUCUCAUUUUGUGCUCCUGGACGCUUUUCCAUCUUUGCGAUCCCUUGGGAACUCUUUUGCAGCUUCGGCAGUUCUUGGACCGAGAGGGGGUGAUGCUGGUGAAUGGCGCAUAUCUCCAUUUCGAGCUUCCAAGUCCGCCCCAAAACCCUGAGCCCAUGGACUUGUUUCGACGCUUUUGCGAAGAGCUGAGAAGCUACGGAGUGGAGACCUGUGUGACGGGAGGACCCAUCAGGUGGCUUCAGGGUGAGGGUGAGGAUGGAGACUACGUGGGUGGAUAUGAGAUUAGCAUGCAAUGGCUGGGGAAUGAGAAGAGAGUCUCCGAGAUUGAGAGGAGGGUCUUUGAGAUUUGUGGAUUCUCCAGCCAAGCCGUGCUGGACAAGGUGUGGUGUUUGGCUUCUGGGCCCCAAUACUGCGUGAGCUCUUACGAACUACGACUUUGAGAAGCAAGAGGCAUGGAGGUGAAAGCUAGGCCUGCCCACCUCCGCCGCCAGACAAACUGUCUUCGACACUGCAAGAGUUUCCUUUGCCGUGUUACCUUUAAUGAUGCAGUACGUGUAGCACCAUCCUGCAAAGGCGACCUCCAGCACCAAAACUAGCACUGAUGAGAUCCUGUUAUCCUACAAACCAGCCGGUGCAAUUGGCAUCACCAUUUUCGUCCAUUUCUGGCGGCUGCUUGGCACAAGCUCCCACUCAAACACGUCCGUUCCAUUUGCCGAGUGUCGCCCAUCCCUGCAGUCGGCGAGCGCAAACCAAAAAAAGGCUCCGUGGAGCCACAGGUCAGCGUGCAGCGUGAUAUCGUGCAGUCUGAUCAGUCUGGCAGUCGGGAAAAGUGGAACUGGCAGUUUCACUGGCGUCAUCUGGCUUCAAUUCAAGGCCAGAGAGCCUUCCCGCACACAAGCCCACAGACA